AUGCGGCCUCCUUCUUUCUCCGAUGCCAAAGGACCUUUAGCAGCAGAGGAGUUCCUCAAGGUCACGGAGACUAUCCUUACGGAUACCUUCACAAACCGCUUCAACAGGAAGUACUUCCCUCAGUCGGCUCGGGACGAGCUUUUGCGUAAGUUUGUUGAACUCAAGCAAGGAGGUCGAUCCGUUGAUGAGUACAAGGCUGAGUUUUCUUCCCUGAGUCCAUACGCUCCUCAUCUUGUUACAUACCCCACUAUUAGGAGGCAUCAGUUCCAGAAGGGUCUGGACAAGUAUAUUAGAUUGGCUCUAACUGGUAGAGCACUUGCGACGUACAAUGCGGUAUUAGAUGCAUCACGUGAGAUUGAGAGCGUGCAAAAGGAACCUGAAGACCCACAUGUGAUUCGGAACAGGGCACCAGUAGUUCCAGAAAGGAAUGUCGAGCAUCCUCCUCAGAGGCAGCAGCAGAACUCGCAGAGGCAGCAACAUUCUCAGCGUCAGCCAUUUCAUCAGGCUCAUCCUUAUCAGCGUCCUGGAGUACAGUUUCAGAACCUGUCGUUGGUGCAGUGUUCCUAUUGUAGCUACCCUGGGCAUACCCAGCAGAAGUGCCCCAGGCAUCUUCGUCUGUGCUACAACUGUGGGUCCCCCGAUCAUGUCAACCGGGAAUGUCCGCAGCGGCAGCAGGCCAGCUUGCCCCCACCUCCAGUACGAGCAGCUCUUCCAGCUCCACCUCAAUCAGACUCAGCAGAUCCAGCUCGGCACGGACCCUACCCUAGAGCAGGCCCUCAUCCUUCAUAG